AUGGAAGGGCCGAUCCGAGACCGCGUGGCCGAAGACACCCUCGCAUUCAGCGAAGAUGAUCUCGAGACCUUGGCAGAGCCACACAAUGACGCACUGGUAAUCUCGUUUCUUUUAAACAACAUUCAGGUUGAACGUGUGCUAGUGGAUCCAGGAAGCUCGGCCAACGUAAUCAGGUCAGGGGUAGUAGAACAUCUUGGCUUGCUCAAUCGGAUCAUACCCGCCUCCCGGGUCCUCCACGACUUCAACAUGACCGGCGAAGUAACAAAAGGAGAAAUCACCCUUCCAGUCGGCACGUUCGGCAUGGUUCAGAACACCAAGUUUCAAGUCAUCAAUGGCGACAUAAGGUAUAACGCGUUGCUUGGCAGGUCGUGGAUACAUAGCCUGAGGCCAGUACCGUCAACUCUGCACCAGAUGAUCAAAUUUCCGACAAAAGGAUGGCUUAACCACCGUAUACGGAGAACAGCGUGCGGCGAAAGAAAUGUUCGUUGUUUACCCAGAGGAGCCGACCCCCGUACUCUUGACCUCAGAUGUGUCUAG